AUGGAAGGAGGACAAGGCAGCGGGGGUAGGGCGAGGCUACCGCUUUCUUCAGCCUCCUCAUCCGUUCUUCUCCUUGCCGCGGAGACACUCUUAUCGAGUUCUUGCGGCGCGGAGAUGCAGAGGCCGAGGGACUCCGACGUGCCGCCCACCCCACCGAACGGCGACGAGCACAUUAUCCCUCUUCCUCGUAAUCAUCCCCUUCUUCCUCCGUGCGCAAUUGGCGCCGCCCCUAGCGGGAUGUUGCUGGACGAGCCGCCCUUCCUCUGCGGGCUUCUUUUGUGGGGCGGAGUCGGUUCUUCUUCAGUUUCAGAUUUUACCGGGGGGGGACUUCUGCCGGCGGACGAAGGGCUCGCGGAAAGGAGGAACCGCGUCGCCGGCGCUUAUCCUGAGGCUCGCGUGGUCAAAGGCCAGUGGACUACGGAGGAAGACAGGUAGUCAGUUGCCUUGAGAAUCGAAUGCGGUGAUGGUUUAGAAGGUUAAGAGUUCCUGUUCGCUGCAGCUUGUUGAACAUGCUGGUGAAGCAGCACGGGCUGCGGAAGUGGUCGCAGAUCGCGAAGAAGCUCGCCGGCAGGAUCGGGAAGCAGUGCAGAGAAAGGUGGCAUAAUCAUCUUCGCCCGGACAUAAAGGUCCUCCCUCCCUCUUCCGCUCUCGCUCUGACCUAUUUACUACUCCAUGCUAUAUGCGGUGCGAUAUGUAGGCCUGCUACGUAUCGUGCCGUGGUUUCUUGGUGCAUCUUGAAUGGAGAAGGAGGUUGAAGGUCCAUUUCAGUGCGCGAUGGUGCACUGCGGUGGAAGAUUGAGGGCCCCUCAUACUCCGCUAGCAUCUGUAUCCGGGCGUCGCAAGCCUCAACCUUUUCUUCGGCUUCGUUUUUCCUGGGUAUCCCGCUACGGUUCAACUCAUCUUUUCAGGCCUAACCACUCUCUUCCUCCCGCAACCAUGCGAGGCACCACACUUGCCUCGAACCAGUCAGCCGGUUGACCAUCGUUCUUCUCGCCAAGUGGCCGUCCUCCUCUCCUAGCCCAUGCGAUGGCGGGCUGGUCGGAGCAGUGAUUAUCCGUCAUCUUGUGCGUGCGGUGUAAAUUGCAGCAUACGCUCGCGUUGAUCCUUCUUCUUCUCCUUUUCUGCAUGUCUCUCUCUGUGCGCAGAAGGACACAUGGAGCGAGGAAGAGGAGAGGUCGCUGGUCGAGGCCCAUGAGAAGGUGGGGAACAGGUGGGCCGAGAUCUCCAAGAUGAUCCCGGGGAGAACGGAGAACUCCAUCAAGAACCACUGGAACGCCACCAAGAGGAGGCAGAACGCGAGGAGGAGGACGAUGAAGGGAAGCGCGGACAGCGGCCCCAGGCCCACCAUCCUUCAAGAAUACAUUAGGAGGCUGAUCCUUAUAAAGGCAGGCGCCGCCGCCACUCUCACCGCGGGCCCAUCAAGCCACCACAUCCUCCCGUCCCAUCCCGAUCACCCGACUUUCGACGUUGAUUCCUCUGCAUCGACCCUUACCGUCUACCCCGCGGAAGGGGAUGCGCUGUUGUCGCAGGACCUGUUCAUGUAUUAUUCUUACGCGCUGCGAAUGGAAGGUAUGACUACUCCAGACAAAAGCUUCCAUGAAUCGGACAUCCUCUGGGGAGGUUUCCCCUCGGACGAGCCCUCCUACGUCUGCGACUACUACUACGACGACGGGGGGGUUCUUCCUUUCCUCGACGUGGACAGGUGUGGUGCAGUCCUAGAUUCUUUUGGAGGCUACGGCGACCACUGUGAUGAGGCCGCUACUGGUGCAAGCUACUACUGUUCCAGGACGAGCAGCGGCAGCAGCGAAGUCACGGAGACGUCCAGAGCGUCUCAGAUUUCUCCGGACAUACCGCGGCUGCAACAGAUCUCGCGGACAGAGACACCCUCAGAUUACGACGCUUGUGGCGGCUGGGAUUGGAGCUGCAACAGAGGAGACCUGGACCUGAUGGAGAUGAUAGGCCGAGGAGCAGACACCCGCUGUCGCAGAGCAACUCCCGAUCACUUGGAGCACGGCCCCCUCGAAUAG